CUCCUACGCAAUAGUUUAGAAAAGGCAGAAGGUGUUUAGAUUCAAAAUCAGCUGUUGUCCCUUGUCUUUCUAAUGCCACACUAACCAUCGCAUCUUAUUUUUUAUUUAUUUAUUGAUAACUACAUAUGACUCCCUCCUCCGCGAGUAGCAAGCACCACCCAGGGCUAACGUGUGGAGAUUUCACUUUUUUUUCCCCCUCCUCGCUAUUCAGAUGGAAGUCAGGGGAACGCAAGUCAGAUGCUUUCCAAUGAUGUGGUACCGAAUCUCUGUCAAUCUCUACUACACCCAACUGGGCGGCUGCAGUCUUCUUGCGCAGAUCACAAGAUCUCCUUUCUGCUACCGAGACAAUUGAUCUGAAAUAAGGCAGAUACCACCACAACAGAUCGCAGAAUCUAAAUGAAGGUGUUCAGCCAUGCAAUGUUCCUGGAAGGCUGUUCUCCUGCUUGCCGUGGCUUCUAUAGCGAUUCAGUACACAGCAAUCAAGACAUUUACAGCCAAGCCCUUCCAGAUCUGCCCAGUGCCUAAUCCACAGAACUGUGGGUUAGGACAAGAAACUGAUUCCUUUGACAGACUAUGUGAUGAGUAUCCUUCCUUUACUUACAAUAUCACCAGGAAGACGCAUAUUCUAAUCCUGGCUACCACCAGAAGUGGUUCUUCUUUUAUUGGGCAACUGUUUAAUCAACAUUCCAAUGUGUUUUACUUGUUUGAACCUCUUUACCACGUGCAGACAACACUAAUUCCCCGGCUGUCCCACAGCAAAAACACUGCAGAUAGAAGGGUCAUGCUGGGUGCCAGUCGUGACCUCUUGAGAAGUCUGUACGACUGUGACUUGUACUUUCUGGAAAGCUACAUUAAACCUCAACCGGUGAAUCACACGACAGACAAACUCUUCAGAAGAGGAGCGAGCAAAGCCUUGUGCUCGCCGCCGGUGUGCGACGCAUUCCGUCUCAGCGAGGUCAACAUCGAGGAAGGGGAUUGCAUUAAAAAAUGUGCUGCUCUAAACAUUACCUUGGCCACGGAUUCCUGCAAAGACCGGAGACAUGUUGCCAUCAAAGUAGUGAGGGUUCCGGAAAUCAACGAUCUUCGGGCUUUGGUGGAAGACCCUCGGCUAAACCUGAAAAUUAUACAGCUGGUUCGAGAUCCCAGGGGGAUCCUGGCCUCCAGGAUCGAAACCUUCCGAGAUACCUACAGACUGUGGAGGAUCUGGAGGGCUAGCGGCAGGAAACCGUACAACUUGGACUUGUCCCAGCUGACGAUGGUCUGUGAGGAUUUCCUGAAUUCCGUCUCCACUGGGCUUAGCAGACCACCUUGGCUGAAAGGGAAGUACAUGGUGGUGAGGUACGAGGAUCUAGCAAGGAACCCGCUCAAGAAAACAAAGGAGAUCUAUGAAUAUGUGGGAAUGUCCAUGGACAGUAAUGUGGUACAGUGGAUACAAACCAACACUCGGGGAAACAAUGAGUUAUCAGCCAAGCAUAAAUACGGGACAGUAAGGGACUCGGCAGCGAAUGCUGAAAGCUGGAGGUUAAAACUCUCUUUCGACAUGGUAGACUACACCCAGACCGUUUGUCAACAGAUUCUAAACCAACUGGGUUACAGGAUCGUAGAAUCCCCAGAGGAACUUAAAAACACCUCCCUGACGUUGGUUGAGGAAAGGAAUUUUUCACCAUUUUUGUAAUAAAGGUACUGUAGUUGUGGGAUAACUAUUUUUGAUAUAUUUAUAACUGUUGCCUUAUUUUUCAAUUUUUGCACUAUAAUUCCAAACCUUGAAGGCAUCUUUUUGGAUACCCUUAUUUCAUACAAACAGCACAAAAAUAGAUUUGGAACUGUUUAAAGUGAACUGAGCUAAAAUUAAACUGGCAAUGCCCCAUGCUAUUUACAUUGUGAAAAUAGACGAAACGAUAACACACAGAAGCAAGCAUCCACACCUUGUCUGAUGUUUUAUAAAAGGACCAUAAUGUUUACUCAACAAUGAAGCAAAACUCAAGCACCAUUCUCCUCUAAAUGAUAACUGUUUGCUGGCUGUUGCAUUGACAAAAGUGAAUGUCGUUGUUUGUCCAUUUUUGAGUAAUUGGACCAAUAUGGUUCUGUGACAAAUGUAUUAAAUACCUGUGGCAGAAAUGUUGAACAAACUUUAAAACAUGUGCAAUAAAAACCAGAAUGUCGCAGUUAACCUUUAGUAGAAUUUUCGUUCUAUAAAGACAAUUUUGAGAAAGAAAAAUACCCAUAUAUGUCUAUGGUAAGCUGCAGCUACAUUCCAUUACAACUCUCUGGAAGUCUGAUUCUGUGAACUUGAAGUAUUCAUGCAGUUCUCUUAGAACAUUAUUUGAAAAAAAAAAUAAAUAAAAAGCUGCAAGUGAAUACAUGGACACAAUAGAAAAUCAGCAAGAAAGUUAAUUUCUGUGUGAAUUCUCUUAGUAGCUAAAAAGCAACCCCUAUUUUGUAUUUUUAUGAAUUACAAAGAUGUUAUUUUUUUUUCACACAGCUUCUUUAAUAAAAAUGUAGGCCAUAUUCCAACUUCUAUUUAACAGGUGGAUUUUUCCUGUGUGCGUACAUGCAUGUGUCCCCCAUGCAAUAACAGGCUAAGUACAUUGAUCAGCCACAAGACAAAAAAAAAAAAAACAACAAAAACAAAUACAUUCCAAUAUAAACAGGGCAAUGAAAGAUAAUUGUAAUAACAAACGCAAACAAACAAAGCACCCCAGUCACGUCCUUUCCUGGUUUCACCUGUCAUGGUUAUUAUAGUUAUGAUGUAAAUGUUUUAGCCCUGCCUACUUCUUCUAAAUAUAAAAACAGUAAGUAUCUGCUUAAAUGGCUUCAUUUCAGAAAAAAAACAAACAGAACAAAAUGGCCUUAGUCUGCGUCUGAGCAUGUUAUUCUUGGCAUAUACAGGUAUUGGAUUUCAUAACAAGGUUGUACAGAUCUUACUGAGGUUUUGGAAGACAUUUUGGGCAGUGACUAUGAAAGGAAAAAAAAAUAAACUAAAAACCCAGAAAGCACAUAUUGCUUGAUACAAUUUUGUUCGGGCUGUAUUGUGUGUACACUUGCAUCCAUUUUGAAAUGCCAGCUGCUAUACCUGUUAAAAAGGAUCUUGUUAAACAGGGUUCAUUUAAGUCUUGUUUUAUGUCUUUGUUGGUCCGUAAUGAUAAACAGUUUUAUUUAUUAAAGAGUACAUGGUU